CAAAACGGAAGCUUUAUAUUAGGGUUUCUUACACAGUCUUUAAUCUUCUCUCUCUGUGCCGUCUCCAACUCCAUUCUGAAGAGAGCAGUGAUCGAGGGAAAAUGGAGAAAGGAAAGGGAAGAAAGGAGGAGAUUGUUACCAGGGAGUACACCAUCAAUCUCCACAGGCGCCUCCAUAGCUGCACAUUCAAGAAGAAGGCACCCAAUGCGAUCAAAGAGAUAAGGAAGUUUGCAUUGAAGGCAAUGGGAACAAAGGACGUCAGAGUAGAUGUCAAGCUCAACAAGCAGAUUUGGAGCAGAGGUAUCCGUGGUCCUCCUAGGAGAGUCAGAGUCCGCGUUGCCCGUAAGAGGAACGAUGAUGAAGAUGCCAAAGAAGAGUUUUACUCUCUCGUCACUGUCGCUGAGAUUCCGGCUGAAGGUUUGUCUGGUUUGGGCACCAAGGUCAUCGAUGAAGACGAGUGAAACUCACGUAUUGUUGCAGCUUUUUUGGUUGGAAUCUUUAGUUGAAAGACAUAAACUGAAAGACUUAUGCUUGUUUUACCAUUUGGGCAAAUCUAUUUCGUAUCUUUGAAA